GGAUUCCGUGUUUGUCGCCUAAUCUUUUCCAAUGCAAGCCGCUGACUCCGAUCUGGGAAAGCUAUUCCCGUGCAAUGAUAUCAGUCAAGGCUCUAGGUACUGAGGGAGCGCGGAGGCAGAGGCGGCUUGGGACCUCUGUUGUCACUACUUCUGUCUUCCUGUCGUUGUUCUCUAUCACCACUUCUCAUCAGUUCGUCAGUCUCAUCAUUACUCUCUUUAUCAGUCUCUUCAUCAGUCUUAAUCAGUUCCUCAGUUCAUCACCUUGUAUCAGCACCGCUACGUUACGUUUUCUCUGAAGUUUUUCUAGUUUUGCUGCUGCUGCUGUUUUCUACAAUUGAUCGAUUUCUCUUUUCACAAUCACA